AGGGAUGGAUACCCUUAUGCUUCAUGUUUGAGUAUUAUCAACUUGCAACAAUUGAAGCAGGACUAGAAGCUAUUUCAGAUUUACCAACUCAAGUACGUCUCAUCAAUCAGUCAGGUACCAAAAUUUGUGAUUUUGUCAAAUGUCUACCGACUGCACAAGUUUAUUUGGCUCACAAUUCCUUUCAUAACAAAGUCCUAUUUGACGAGCUCCAUGGCUCCCUGAAUGUAACCAGCAUAUAUAGUCUUGUUGACAAGGAUGAACUCACCCAGUCCAAGUUCCAGAAGCACGAACUUUUUUCUGGUGUCCAAUUAACUUGUAACUCCUUAUGGUGAAGAGGAAAGAAAUAAUGUCAGGGAGAUAUUUAUACCAAAGGAAAAUCAAAGAAGGAAAGUAAUCAUUUUAUCAUUUUCUUCUGUUUCUUUCUAUGAGAAGAUAAAAGAAUUAGAGAUGUGAUGGUUACUUGUUACAAGAGAAAAUAGAAAAGUUGA